AUGGAACAGAGCCACGUUUUACCGAUGCGCCUGUUCGCGACAUGGGAGGUGGACCGAACAGGAACAGAUUGCGUCCCAAGACUUUGUAUGCUGACCAUCAACCGUCUCACCAUCCUGCGCUCCCUGGAGACGGACCUAUCGUGUUUUAUUAUUGCGGCGAAGUUACAAGGCUUUAAACGAACGCUCAGGUCAAACGACAUCGUUGUGUCGUCGUCGACGAACGGCGUGGUAGACAUCGACCUGGACAUAUCGUUCACUUUGCAGUACCCCCAUUUCGUCAAGAAUCAAAGUAACUGUCUGGUUUUGAUGCUGCAACGCCGCAAAAAGUACAAGAACCGCCCAAUGCUCGGCUUCAAGACUCUAGCCAUCGGUUCCAUCAACCUCACGAACGUUUUGCAGCACGGUGCAAUCCGCGAACUGGCACUGAUGAGCAACGGUAACGCCGCCCAGAUGGUCGCCAAAGUCUACUUCAUGUCGUUCGUCAGUCAGCCGGUGGAACAGGACGAAACCAAACUCAAAGGUGACGGAUUGUCGGUUUUAGAUCUUGUACGUGUCGUUUGCUUUCUCUCGGAACGCCGUACCAUUGGUAAACGCAACAUGAAUAAAGAUCAGAGCGAAGGUACAGACGAUGACGACGAAGAGUGGUCGGUAAACGAGGAAGGCGCUUCUGACUCGGAAAUACCGAUCGAAGACCAAUUGGGUAUUAUUGGCGGUUUAUCAAGGAAGUCGGCAAAGUUGGCCUCACACCCGGCUCGAUUUAGUUUGCGACAGAAAAAUCUGAAACAGAAAUUCGUCGCCCUUCUGAAGAAAUUCAAGAUUCCAGACGAAGAGAUCGCUGAGGACGAAGGGGGCAAAAAGGCAGCCGAACAGGAAAUCGAGGCUCUGUUCGAAGAACUUGAAAACCUUUCCGAUUCUGGACCGGAGGCCGAUGAUACUGUCAGUAUCAAGUCCACGCCGAAGCCGAGUUUGCGGCCCUAUUUUCCGUCGAGAGAAACUCUUCCGGUCCUCGAUGAUGAAGCCAGCGAGGAAAGCAAAGAGUCCGGUGAAAGUCCUGCCGGUGAUGCUGAUGCGACGGACGACACGUCGGAUGCAGUUGUGGUGCCGGUGCCACAUCCGAACAUAUGCAGAAGGUCGUCGCACGACCAGGGCAAGUUCACCUCACUAUUGUCGCCUCAGUUGUCCGAGAAACUGCAGAUUUCUCUUGACGAAAGCCAGAAGGCCGGCGGCAGUGGCGAAGCUGCUAGUUCAGGCAAAAAGUCACGGGAUGACAAAAGGAGAACCAACCUGCGUCAGGUGAGCGCCGGCCUCCUGCCGGAGCGGCUCGGAUUGGACAGGUUGGGCCAAUCAGAAACGUCUGUCGGCUCGAAAGAGUUCUUCUCAACGCCCCUCGAAUAUGCGCCGGUCGCCCAGCAAUUAACCGCCUUGUUUCCUAGCGACAGAACCGCCCUCCCCGACACUCUCUUUGUGAUCUCAGCGUUCGACGUUCACAGUUCGACCUUCCUCAAAAAACUCGGUGAAAGCGGUAUUUCGUUCGCCGUUCUUUCCACAUUCAAGGAAACCAAGUCUUUGCUGUCGGCGAUCAUCAACCGGGUUCAAAAGCUCUGUAACAUAAGCACCGAGCAAAGACAAGUGAUCAAGAUUUGCAUCAUCGGCGCCGAUCUGUUUUUCAGUCACUGGUUGAAGGCCUUCACCGAACUUUUCGGUUCGAGACCGAACGAGUGGGUCAGAUUCUUCAGGUUUUACAUCGUUUCUCAAAAUAACGGUGUCAUCCAUAAAUUCAUCGCAUCCGUUGACAAACAACAUGCGUCGCUGUUCAUCGCCGAUACGUUGUGGCGCGACUGGUGGGAAAAAUCGGACUUGUCUGAUACCGGUGACUGUUAA